GAUUUCCUCCCCCUUUCUACAUCCGUCUGUCCAGUUGGAACUGGGCCAAACAUAUUGCUAUGCAACUGAAUCACAUGAUUCACAGAGGACGUGAACAUCAUAAACACCUCUCAGGGCGCCAUAUUGACGUGACGCACCAAUAAUUAAAAGCUAUUCAUUCAAACACUCUAGAAAAUAUCUGCGCCAUAUUCUAGAAACUCGUGAAGUCGUCGUGGGUGACACACGGUCAUAAUCCGAUUUCGUGGAAUUUAGAAGCGAGUACUCCAACGACGAAUAACAUUCGUACUGUAACAUAAUGGCGCCGAGUUCUCCCUCCGCACCCGCAUCCCCAGGCAGCUCAAGAACCACCCACCUGCUGCAGCAUGAUGUCACGAGCAGCCAAUCAGCACACAAAAGGGAUUCUUAAAUCGCACAACUAUUGGUUUAAUUUCAUACCCCGCCCCCUUCACAAGAGAUAACGCACGUCUGUGACAGGAAGCAGAAAGGGCGUCCGCCGCCAUUACAACCUUCCAAUACAAAGACAAAACCAACAUACAAAGUUACGUAACCUAUUAAAAAAAAUAAUACAUAUCAAUGUCACAGUGCGAAUUAAACAGUUAAAUAAAAAUACUUAAGAACAUCAUCUGUCCAUUCACCAUCCGUCAUCGUUUUCUGAAAGACUCUGUUAAGAGGCAUGACUGCAGUACUGUUUUUUGUAAAAAGUACGGAACACACGCGGAAUUCUGAAUUGACUAUCUCUGCUUCUCCUUCAUCACUCAGUUCUCCUUCCAUGGAAACAAGGUGGGAGUAGUCAGCCGCCUUUUAUGAGCCGAUACGAGCUUGCGCAGGAUGUAACAGCCCCUCAAGCACUACUUGGGAAACCCCACUACAACAGCCACUACCAAGCCAGUAAAUACGAUGGUAAUAAAACGCAGACCUCAGCAAGGAAACGCCUCCAUUUUACCUACAACAUUUCUGCGAGUUACUUUAUCCGAGACUUCCCCCCCUCCUCCUCCAUUUUCCUUAGUUACUAGAAAUGAUAUAAAGAGACGCCAAUGUAUUCGCGCAAAACGAGCUUUUACAGUACUGUCACGACCCUCUCGUUACCUUUUAUUCCUCAAGGCAGCCUCGUUAAGUUUAAUUGUGUCAGACGCAGUGUGACUAAACAAAACAAUUUAAAUCGAACUCGAAAAGUCAACCUUGCAUAGUUCUCUAAAGACAACACCGCAUCUCUGGACGGCUUGAGGGUCCCUGACAACUUGGACUUUUAGAUUUAAGAUAAAAUCGAUGCAGUCAGAUUUUCUUGCCCUGCUUGGGCGUGAUACAAUGUACGUUUCACCGAUCGACGUGAACUCUUUUCCCUUUUUGCAUACAAGGAAAGCCCACAAUACAGUAAACCGCAAGUCCACAACCACUAUGCAAGCUUUCGCCAUCACGCAAAAUGGCGACCUCAGGACCAGCCUUUACAUUGUAAAAGCGAGAUGGGCGUGGAAAUCGCAGAGUACGUUUUUGCCCACACGCAAAAUGGAGACUGCGGCUGAGGUCAUUUCACCAUAUAUAUUAUGGGCAAAUACCUUAGCUACUAGUUCUUCAUGCCCGCAAUGGCUCUGUUUUCAGCCCCUGACAGUUUGGCUAUGGAACCCUGUAUGAUUAGAGGACGCCAUUUUCCAGAGAGAGGCAGUGACAUAGAGCCAGCGUAGGCUGAAACACGGGAGGAGCGGGUUUUGUACACAUUGGGGUUCUACUCACCACUGGCGCAGCGAACAACGUUUUUUUUUGGUUUUUUUUUGGUUUUUUUUUCCUUCUCUCUCUCAUCACCAUCAUACCAUACCUGCACGCCGAAAUCAUCGCUUUCUUUUCUUUCAGCUUCUGCGCUGUAUCUAUAUUGAUACUUCACCGAUAAUUCGCCCUCAAAAUCUGGUUAACGGUCCCGGCUGCUACUACUGACACUGAUUUUGCAGUCACCGAAAUAGUUGUCAGUGGGAGUGAUUCCCGUAAUUGUGUUUCUAGUACGGCCAUACCAAACCUCUGCUAUUAGGGGGGUGUGUUCGUGGUGUAACGGGGUCCUCUCGUCUGGCGUUUGAUUACAGUAGAUUUGUGGAUGCACUUAGAUGUUUGCAAUGAGCACUGUGGCUGGCAUGCCCCAGUGGUUUGGAUCCCGAUGCAGAGGACUCCGUAGUAAGCGAAUCUAUCAAAAGCGAACGUCAUGAGUAUAGUGAUCCCUUUGCGGGUUGCGACAACAGAGGCUCCGUAUCUGGAAAUGGCUGCAGGCUCAGAGCCAGAAUCUGUAGAAGCUAGCCCUGUCGUCGUUGAUAAGUCAAAUAGUUAUCCACAUCAGUUAUAUACCAGCAGUUCUCAUCAUUCGCACAGUUAUAUUGGAUUGCCUUAUGCUGAUCAUAACUAUGGUGCUCGCCCUCCACCAACACCUCCAGCAUCUCCUCCUCCUGUUCUUAGUAAGAACGAAGUAAACAUAUUUACUGCUCCUAAUUUUGAUGAGACCUCCAGUGCUACAACAAUCAGUACUUCAGAAGAUGGGAGCUAUGGUACUGAUGUCACUAGAUGUAUCUGCGGUUUUACACAUGAUGAUGGAUAUAUGAUUUGUUGUGACAAAUGCAGUGUCUGGCAACAUAUCGAUUGUAUGGGUAUUGACAGGCAAAAUAUACCAGACAUCUACUUAUGUGAGCGUUGUCAGCCUCGGGCUUUGGAUAAAGAGAGAGCAGUUUUACUUCAGCAGAAAAAGCGAGAACAUUUGUCAGAUGAUCUUCAAACCUGCUACAAUGGUAGAGGCAACAGCGGAAGUCUUUUGUCUGAUGGCGACACCAGUGCUACAGAAAGUUGUGAUGAAGUUCCCAUGGAACUGUACACUGCUUUCCAGCACACUCCAACAACCCUUACUCUCACUGCCACUAGAGUUAAUAAGGUUAAUGACAAAAAGAGGAAAAAAAGUGGUGAGAAGGACCAGAAUAAUUCUAAAGUUAAGAAGGCUUUUCGUGAAGGAUCAAGAAAAUCAUCACGUGUUAAGGGCUCUGCUCCAGAAAUGGAUCCCUUAGACAAUUAUGCUUUUGGAUGGGAAAAUAAAAUCAAGACAUGGAUGGACCACUAUGAAGAAGCAAGCAACAACCAAUAUAGUGAAGGAGUUCAAAAAGAGGCACAAAGGAUUGCUUUGAGACUCAGUAAUGAAAAUGAUAAAAAAGAACAGAUAAAGUCCAGCUUUGACACCAGCAAUCUAAGUUUCAAACCACCAGUAGAGAGCUAUCUACAAAAGAAUAAAAAAAUUUUAAAGGCUGCCAAAGACUUGCUUCCUGAAACACUAAUUAUAGAAUACAGGGGGAAAUUUAUGCUCCGGGAGCAGUUUGAAGCAAAUGGGUAUUUCUUCAAAAGGCCAUACCCUUUUAUUUUGUUUUAUUCUAAAUUUCAUGGAUUAGAAAUGUGUGUUGAUGCAAGGACAUUUGGAAAUGAGGCUCGAUUUAUACGACGUUCCUGUACCCCUAAUGCGGAGGUGCGGCAUGUUAUCGAAGAAGGAACUAUUCACCUAUAUAUAUACUCCAUUUCAAGCGUUCCAAAAGGGGCAGAAAUCACUAUUGCUUUUGAUUUUGAUUAUGCAAAUUGUAAAUAUAAGGUGGACUGUGCAUGCCUGAAAGACAAUCCAGAUUGCCCAGUUCUCCGAUGCGGUACAGAGCCAACAGAAAAUAACAGUGGCUAUGAAACUAGAAGAAAAAAGGGAAGAAAAGAAAAAGAACUUUCAAAAGAACGAGAAUCUCAAAACCAGAACAUUGUAAUAGAUUCAGAUGACGCAAUUAACAAAUUUAAAACAUCAGAUAAUAAGCAAAGAAAGCUCUCCCCUCUUAGACUGUCAAUAUCAAACAACCAGGAGCCAGAUAAUAAUGAUGAUAUAGAAGACAAAACUCCUCUUAGCAUUGACGUAGAAAUGGAAACAGAGGAGCAGAUUGCAGAAAGGAAAAGGAAGAUGACUAGAGAAGAAAGAAAAAUGGAAGCUAUUCUGCAAGCUUUUGCAAGACUGGAAAAAAGAGAAAAAAGAAGAGAACAAGCUUUAGAGAGAAUCGGCACAUCUAAACCAGAUGUGGAAAUAAAGGGCAAGGACUUGCAGAUGAUCUGUGAACCAGAGCUCCCUCAGGAACCAGUUAAGGAAGAACCUGUCAGCAAACCUACUCCUGCCAAAAUAAAUCGCACAAAGCAGAGAAAGAGUUUUACAAGAAGUAGGACUCAUAUUGGACAACAGCGUCGCCGGCACCGGACUAUAAGUUCCUGCUCAGAUAUCCAGCCAUCUUCCCCAGAUGUUGAGCUCGUACCGCAGCAGAGUGAACCAGAAAAUAUUGCUGUCACAGAAGAACCUCCAAAUGAAAGCAGCAUUGCCGAUACAGAAGAAGUUACAGAGACAGAAUCUUGUGCUCAGAAAAUGUGUUCUAUAAAGUACCCAAAAACAAAAAAGCAUUUGGUAAAUGAGUGGUUAAAUGAAAAGCAUGACAAAGCUGGCAAACCUGGAGAGCCCAUGUUGGAAAGACCUUUAAGAAUAACCACAGAUCCUGAAGUCCUUGCAACUCAGCUGAAUUCCUUACCAGGACUAAUCUAUAGUCCUCAUGCGUACACCACCCCUAAGCAUUAUAUUCGAUUUACAUCACCAUUCCUUUCUGAGAAAAAGAAGAAGAAAAAUGAAGAAAAUGUUUCCAGUUGUUGCAAAAAGCGUUGGUUGAAGAAAGCUCUGGAAGAAGAAAAUGCUUCACCAGUUAAUCCACUUGGUUCUCCUUCUCAGGACCGAUCCCAAAGUCCUAUUACAAUAAAUGAAAACAAAUGCCAUCUAAUAAUGAAUGGCAGCUCUCCACUGACAGAUUUAACAACUCCAUUAAAGAAAAGAAGGUUGUAUAAUUUUCUGGAUUGCGAUUAUUCUGAAAAUUCAACACCAGUUGCAUCUCCUUAUGCUACCCCUACACAUACGGAUAUUGCUUUCAUGGAUACAUUUACUACUCCGCCCAGAGUAAAAGCAGAAGAGGACAUUUGUCGCAACAGUUGCAAGCAAACCUAUUCACCAGUUACUCCAGUUUCAUCCUGCCUGCGUGGGAGCAACAUGCAUUUUGAGAGUAUUUCUUCACCUGAUAGUUCGCCAGAAGUGAAUCGAAGAUCUUUUUGUCAGGAAGGAAACGAGCGGACAUCUGCAGCAAAUACCAGUUUGUCUGAAGUGGGGCUGCAAGAAAUAAAGACUUUUGGCUACUGCAGCCCUAGGAAUAGGACAGACAUUUCUGGUCAGUGUCCUGGUGAAACUGAUGCUGGAGCAGAGGUCCAUAUUGGAGUAGACAUAAAUGAACAUAGUUCUCUGCAAAAGGCCAUGGAGCCUCCACAGGAGAGGACUGAAUUAAAUAGCCUGCAGGAAACUGCUCACAUUGGACAAGGCACCAUGUAUCCAACUUGGAUUAAAAGUCCAAGCAGGACAGGGGUGAACUUCUUAUCCGUGAAUUCUAAUUUAAGAGAUUUAACCCCUUCUCACCAGCUUGAAGUUGGUGGUGGUUUCAGAAUGAAUGAGUCCAAAUGCCUGAUUCCAGAAGACUCUCGGGGUGUUUUUAUAGAUGGGGCCAUCUUCUGUUCUGCAGAAGAAGGAAUUGUGGCUGGAUUUGGAAGGUCUCUUAGUUGCGACGGCAUCUUAGAUGGAAAUGGGACACCCCUUAUUCCUCCGCAAAAGAAAAAGGUGUCAUUGCUGGAAUACAGAAAAAGACAGAGAGAAGCCAGAAAAAGUGGCUCUAAACAGGAGAAUUUAUCUCUGCUCACUUUGUCUCCCCAUCCGGAUGGUCUUGCUGGCAACUGCACCCCUUCUGAAAGCUGUAGUGUUGUGUCAGAGAGUAUUGAUCCCAAUGAUAGUAGCACUUGUCUAACAAUGACACCUGAAGUCCAGUGUGUUCCUUCUGAAGAACCCGAGCAGUCGCCUCUAGUAACUGACCCCUCGUCCACUGAAAAAACUGAUCCUGAGGUCCAAUGGACUGCAUCAACAUGUGUAGAACAAGUCAGGGAGAGAAGUUAUCAAAGAGCAUUGCUACUCAGUGACCACAGAAAGGACAAAGAUGAUGCUGACAUAGAAAGUGGGGGCUCUGAUAAUGCCAAGGAAUGCCAGUCGCCAGACGUAUCCAAUAAGAAUUGCAGAAGUCCUAAACAGAAUAAGUCCUGUACUUUGGUGCCGAAUUCAUCUCAUGGAAAGACACCCUCAAAGCUAGAUCCUGCCCAAGAAACCAUGGGGAAUGCAUCAAGUGUUGAUGUUAAUUUGUGUAACACAGACUCUCAGAAAGGAGCUGUUUCUGCUAAGUGUCACAUGCCUCAUUCACAGAAGCUACCUUCUACACCUUUACAGUUGCAUUGUCCAUCAUCUCCUCAUCUGGAACACCCUCCAAAAUCUUCAACACCAGUACAACAUGGUUAUCUUUCACCAAAGCCUCAGUCACAAAAAAUGGGUUCUCCAUAUAGGCCACAUCAUUCCCAACAGAUUCAGGUGGGAAAACCACAAAGAGAUACUCAUACAAACUUUUACCCUGUAGUGCAAAGCCUUCAACCUGCGAAUCCCCAGCCAGCCAGUGGCCAGUUGUUUUCCCAGGCCGGACAGUGCCCUACUGUUUAUACUCCCUUUACUCAACAGACCGUCGGCAGUCCUGCUCCUCCUCCACCACCCCCACCUCCAACAGCAACUUACUAUCAAAACCAGCAGCCCUCACAAAACUUCCAGAACUACAAUCAGAUAAAAGGAGCGGUUGCCCAACAAACUGUGUUUACACCUGGUCCAAAUCCAGGUCAUCCAACUGCAGCAGUGGGACAAGCAGCAAUUCAAGGACACCAUGUGAAUUCAGGACAUUAUUUGCCUUCUCAGAGCCCAAACAUACAUCUCCAAGCUGCAGGGGUUCCACCACCCCCGCCACCACCUCUUCCAAACUGCCAUCAGCAGCAGCAGCAACACUCUGUUCAACAUGUUACAAGUCCAGUUCAUACAGUUCCAGUAGCCAGUAGCUCACUUAUUCAUUCUCACACAUCAGGGCAUCAUUUACCUCCACCGCCCCCUCCACCACCUGCUCCAAGUCCUCAUCAUUCUCAUGUUCAGCAUGUAGCAGCGGGGCACCAAAGCCUGCAAGCACAGCACCAGCAUGUUUUAAAUACAGUUCCUCCUCCACCCCCUCCGCAAGCAACAAAUGUUUUAGCUGGUGCUGCAAAUCACACGGCAUUGGCACAAGGCAUGCAUAUGCAAACUCAUCAAGGACCUCCUAUUUUUUCUUCAGGAGCUCAUCCUAGUGUAGCACCAUAUUCAACACAAGCUGCACUUCAUAACCAUGUUGGACCUGUACCUGGCCACAACUCUCAUAUUCAGACACAAGGACCAACCAGUAUUGGAACACCUGCAGCUUUUUGUCCACAUCCUGGCUCUGUCCUUGUCCAUGGAGUUCAAGGAUCUCCUCAGGCAUCAGCAGUGCCCGGCCAGGUUCCCAUUCAUAGGCCACAGGUACCUCCGACCUUCCAAAAUAAUUACCAUGGCUCAGGAUGGCAUUAGAAUUGGACAACCUGUGUGUUAACAUUUUUAAAUGUUCUGUAAAAUAAACUGUAUAUUUUAUAUGUACCUUAUAAAGGUACUUUUUAUGGCCUGUAUAUGAAUCUUUGUACAAAUCCGGUGCGUUUUCAUUGUACUUUUCCCCUUCUGAUUUUGUUUUUAAAGUCUGAGAACUGUGUGCUUUUUAAGCCAGUACUGAGUAAACAUUCCAGUUUUGUUUCCAUUGGGUUUCCUUUACGGCAGUAGCGCGAUUACUGCAGAACUUGUACAUUUGCUCGUCUCGACGUCGAGUUGAUCUCCACUGUGUUUUUCUACAUGUGGCACUAACAGGCCUCCCUUCAGCCUCCUCUUGUGCUACGUGAGCGAGGAUGUAAGAUUAGAAAUAUGCACCCGUUCAGUUUCAAUGUUGCACCAAACAUGUUUCCAUUAGUUCUAUACAACAUUGUAAAUUAAUGUAUAGUUCUGUUUUAACAACUUGACUUCAUUAGAAGUUCUGUAAAUACUGUAUUUUGCUUGUAUAUGGCUGAAAGCUUCCACCUCAUUUGAUAAAACAUUGUACAUAUAUAUAUUUUUUUUCGCAAACUAUAAUCUUUGUGGAAGUAGUACAGUAUAUAACAUGUAAUUUUUGUAAUAUACUGUCACAUUACAGCACUGGUUGGGCAUUUUAAUUCAUGUUAAUAAAUCACGAUUGUCAGUUUUAUCAGGUUAGUCCUUUCAUACAUUUUACAAAAGCAAAUUGAUGCAUAAAUACAGCACUUAAAAUGUAUAUUAAAAUUACGCCUCAGCA